AUGUCUAACGAUGCAUACGCUUCCAGUGAGGUACCUGACACGUCCGUUGUGUGGGUCGAUCUAAGCAUUGGAGAUCCAGACAAUUAUAAAAUUUUGAAAGCGGCAUUUUCCUCCACAACUGACCCAGAGCAUGCAAAACCUGUGCCACUAUUUGAUCACGAAUUUUUGGAAAUAUGUCGUACUGUAAAUUUUGAAGGUAUUCAAUUUUCCUUAGCAGCUUUCACAAACAUCGAAAAAUGUAUCGAAUAUCUCAAAGAAAAUCGACAUCGAAAAAUCUUUUUAAUAACAUCUGCCAGUAUGGGACGAUCUCUUCUGCCAUUGAUUGAAUUACACUGUCGUAAUGUUUUCACCGAUCAAGAAACAAACGAACUCUGUGCAUGUGUCUACGUUUUUUGUCAUGAUGCCACUCGUCAUAUAGAUUGGAUGAUGGAUUACAUUGAUUACAUUCCAACUACAUUCACUUUUGAUAAAGAUCUGUUAGUACGUUUGGUGCAUGAUAUUGCUAAUUACUUUCGUAUCAAAAGUAUACGGCUGCUAGCUAAAAAUCCACGAGAUUACUCGGUUAUCAAAAGUCAUCUCAAUUGGGCAUUUAUACUAUAUCAGCGUUACUACGAACUGGAUAAGAUUGGAUUAAAGGAACAAGUUAACGAAGUUAAACGUCUUCUCAAUGAAAUAGAGGAAAUCGUCAAAGAAAAGGAGGUUUAA